AUGGAAUAUGGGUGGUCUGGGACAGAGGACCGGGCAGAGAAGGCUAGCGGAAAAGCAGAGAAAGCAACUCCUCCCCUUAAAAAACAAAGCAAAAUAGGAUUACUGGGGAUUAUAGGUGUGUCUACCAAUAUACCUAGUAUUUACUUGGAACACUAUAGAAACGAGCCCUAUUGUCGUCGUCAUCUCCGCUUCCCCAGUGGCAUUCGGUCGGGGCGCCCGGACAGGCGCUUCGGCCAUUCGCUGCUGAUCUUGCCACUUUCUCAGAUGCAGCCGAUAAGUCUCAACACGUGCGCCGGUAAAAAAGGGAGAAAUCCCAUUCCCUCUUCCAGGAUACGAGGAGACCUGCAACAUGGCGUCGAAAUAGCCCCUUCCCCGCCUCCACCUCGGGGAGCGACGUCAGGGGCGACCGUUGCGUCUCCGCCUCACGUUCGGGGCACGCAAGCACGCACGCACGGGCUGGGAGGGGAGAAACCGAACGGCCGCGGGAGCGCGCCCUGGGGGAGGGAUAAGGCUGCCGCUGGGGUACUUUGUGCCAAGAAUCUUGCAAAGAAAGACUUCUUCAGACUUCCUGAUCCCUUUGCAAAAAUAGUUGUUGAUGGGUCUGGUCAGUGCCAUUCAACUGACACUGUGAAAAAUACAUUGGAUCCUAAGUGGAAUCAGCAUUAUGAUCUAUAUGUUGGAAAAACUGAUUCUAUAACCAUUAGUGUGUGGAACCACAAGAAAAUCCACAAGAAACAGGGAGCUGGCUUCCUGGGGUGUGUGCGUCUUCUCUCCAAUGCCAUCAGCAGAUUAAAAGAUACUGGAUACCAGCGUUUGGAUCUAUGCAAACUAAACCCCACAGAUACUGAUGCAGUUCGUGGCCAAAUAGUGGUCAGUUUACAGACUCGAGACAGAAUAGGCACUGGAGGCUCUGUUGUGGACUGCAGAGGACUCUUAGAAAAUGAAGGAACGGUAUAUGAAGACUCGGGUCCUGGAAGGCCACUUAGCUGCUUUAUGGAGGAACCAGCCCCAUAUACAGACAGUACUGGUGCUGCUGGUGGAGGAAAUUGCAGAUUUGUGGAAUCUCCAAGCCAGGAUCAAAGACUUCAGGCACAGAGACUUCGAAACCCAGAGGUCCGAGGUCAUAUCCAGACCCCUCAGAACCGACCACAUGGCCACCAAUCCCCUGACCUACCUGAAGGCUAUGAACAAAGAACAACAGUCCAAGGACAGGUUUACUUUUUGCACACACAGACUGGCGUGAGCACAUGGCAUGACCCUAGAAUACCAAGAGACCUUAACAGUGUGAAUUGUGAUGAACUUGGACCCCUACCACCAGGCUGGGAGGUUAGAAGUACAGUUUCUGGGAGAAUAUAUUUUGUAGAUCACAAUAACCGGACAACCCAGUUCACAGAUCCAAGAUUACAUCAUAUUAUGAAUCACCAAUGCCAACUAAAGGAACCCAGCCAGCCUUUAUCAGUGCCGAAUGAAGGGUCAUUAGAAGAUGAAGAGCUUCCUGCUCAGAGAUAUGAGAGAGAUUUAGUACAGAAAUUAAAAGUCCUUAGACAUGAACUUUCUCUUCAACAGCCCCAAGCUGGCCAUUGUCGCAUAGAAGUAUCCAGAGAAGAAAUAUUUGAGGAAUCUUACCGUCAGAUAAUGAAGAUGAGACCAAAAGACUUGAAAAAGAGGUUAAUGGUGAAAUUCCGUGGUGAAGAAGGCCUAGAUUAUGGUGGAGUGGCCCGGGAGUGGCUCUAUUUAUUGUGCCAUGAAAUGUUGAAUCCAUAUUAUGGACUCUUCCAGUAUUCUACAGAUAAUAUUUACAUGCUGCAAAUCAAUCCAGACUCUUCAAUCAACCCUGAUCAUUUGUCUUAUUUUCACUUUGUUGGUCGGAUAAUGGGUCUGGCUGUGUUCCAUGGACACUACAUCAAUGGAGGUUUCACAGUUCCUUUCUACAAACAGCUGCUGGGAAAACCCAUUCAGCUAUCAGAUUUGGAAUCAGUUGACCCCGAGCUACACAAGAGCUUAGUUUGGAUUUUAGAGAAUGACAUCACUCCUGUGUUGGAUCAUACUUUCUGUGUAGAACAUAAUGCUUUUGGGAGGAUUCUUCAGCAUGAGCUCAAACCAAAUGGUAGAAAUGUUCCUGUUACAGAGGAGAACAAGAAAGAAUAUGUCCGGUUGUAUGUAAAUUGGAGGUUUAUGAGAGGAAUCGAGGCUCAGUUCCUAGCACUUCAGAAAGGAUUUAAUGAGCUCAUCCCCCAACACUUACUAAAGCCUUUUGACCAGAAGGAGCUUGAGCUCAUAAUAGGAGGCCUGGAUAAAAUAGAUCUGAAUGAUUGGAAGUCAAAUACCCGUCUCAAGCAUUGCAUGGCAGACAGCAAUAUUGUAAAGUGGUUCUGGCAGGCGGUCGAGACAUUCGAUGAAGAAAGGAGAGCCAGGUUGUUGCAGUUUGUCACUGGUUCAACACGAGUUCCUCUUCAAGGCUUCAAAGCUUUACAAGGCGCGGCAGGACCCAGGCUAUUUACCAUCCACUUGAUAGAUGCAAAUACAGACAACCUUCCUAAGGCUCACACCUGCUUUAAUCGGAUUGACAUUCCGCCUUAUGAGUCUUAUGAAAAGCUUUACGAGAAGCUGCUGACAGCUGUAGAAGAGACUUGUGGGUUUGCCGUGGAGUGAAGAGGAGACCAAAGGAAAUGGAUAUGAGCUCAUGGACCCCUGAUGUAAAGCUUAGAAGCUUUCUGUGGGCCUCCUGCUAGGCUGGCUGAGGCUUUGGAACACUUAGACAGCCCUGGGGAAAGGGUUGUCUUCCCUCCUUUUUGGGGGGGAGGGACUUUUGUCGGUGGCUCCUACCCAUACUUUCCUCCUUUAUUACAAUACCCUCUCUCCCCUUCCAUCACCCAUCCAAUAAAAUACAGCCAAGUUCAACAUUUGGCUUUGGUUACACAGGAUAUUCUGCUAGACAUGUAACACAUAUUGUGAUAGGGUCAAUGACCUGUG